ACCGCCCGCGCGGCCAUGGCUCUGCACCUGCAUCUGCAUCGAUCGGACCUGCUGAGCGGACCUGCUGCAGACUAGUUCUAGCCUUUUCUUUCCUGCUACCACAUCCACAGACAGUCGCUACCUGCUUGGAGCACGACGGACGGCGGAGGAAUUGCCUGGCACUGGCACUGGCACUGGCACUGGCACUGGCACCGGCUUCCCAACCCCUCCACCUCCACCUCCACCUCCGCCAUCACCACCAUGGCGCACAGCUCGGCGCCGCCCUGGGUGUCCAAUCCUGUGGCCCAGGCUCUGCUCAACUACGUCCAGAUCGCCUACCCCAUCGUCCUACUAAUCACCUACCUCGUCACCUUCACCGUCCACAGCAUCGCCUCAGCGCGUAAUGAUAAUGACCAACCCCACCAUGCAGAGCAGCUGGGCCCUGGAGGCAAACCGCUACCCAAGAAGAAACACAACCAACCCAAGAAAGAGAGGGAUAUACCGAGUGGCUAUGACUUCAGCAGAUCGAGGAAGCUGCUCUUCGAAUGGCUGCAAGUCGCCGUCAUCCUCUCACUAGCCGCCAACGUCGUAGUUGUGGUAACCCAUGCUAUUGUCGCUCGCGAUGAAGGCUGGUGGUGCGGACAAGCACCGACAAUCUAUCUGGUGGGCUCAUUCAUGGUCUAUGUCCUGUUGCUCGUUCACAUGAUAGACUCGACACCCUCGCCUGCCAUUGCUCACUUUGUCACAUGGAUUGUUGCCGCGCUGAUGGAGCUCAUCCUCCUUGGCGCCUCUUUCGCAUUGUAUACAUCUGAGCAUCGUGAGCCUAAGGCCCACCAUCCCCCUGGCGGAGAGUUGCGAAGAGACAUGACCGAGUGGGAAAUCACGGAAGUGACGAUCGAUCUCAUCCGCAUACUCGCCGUCUUUGCCCUCGUUGCCUUUUAUGCCUUGUUCGUGUAUUUGCAAGGAUUCAACAAGAAGCGACCCGAGACACCACAGGACUCUGAGACCACAGCCCUUCUCACCAAUGGCCAUACUGGUAAUGGACAUGCCACAGGAGCCACCAAUGGAUAUGGCACCGCGAAUGGAAAGCCUAACGGAGCUGCUACCCAUACUCAUGAUGAUGAUGCUCCAGCUGGUUGGGAGAAACCCAAGUCUACCCCAAGCCGCAGCUGGUGGGAGUACAUUCGAGCGUAUGCUAUCUUCACGCCGUAUAUAUGGCCCGCAAAAGACAGGAAGCUGCAGAUCAAUUUCGUCAUCUGCUUUAUCAUUGUCUUCCUGCAACGCGGCAUCCAAAUUCUCGUGCCAAUCCAGGUCGGACGCAUCACCGACAUUUUGGCAGGAGGCGACAACGGGGUAGUGUACAUGCCGUGGCUUGCGAUUGGCCUCUACGUGCUUUACCGGCUAUUCCAAGGAGGGAACGGCCUUCUCGGUGCAGCCAGACAAGUGUUGUGGAUUCCCAUUGAGCAGUACUCGUAUCGAGAGCUGUCUGUGGCUGCAUUUGAGCACGUCCACAUGCUCAGUCUCGAAUUCCAUCUUGGCAAGAAGACUGGCGAAGUACUGUCCGCCCUAGGCAAAGGCGCGUCCUUGAACACCUUCCUGGAAUCCGUCACCUUUAACGUACUACCCAUGCUCAUUGAUCUCGGCGCAGCUUUCGUCUACUUUCUGGUAGAUUUCGACGCCUACUAUGCCCUUGUGAUCGCUGUGGUCACUUUUUGGUAUAUCUACAUCACGAUCCGCAUGGCUUCCUGGCGUGCAGAGAUUCGUCGCCAGGCCACGAACGCAAGCCGAGAAGAAGACGCCGUCAAGAACGACUCAAUGAUGUCUUACGAGACUGUCAAAUAUUUCAAUGCCGAAGAUUAUGAGUUCAACAGAUACCGAGAAGCUGUGAACAAAUUUCAGAAAGCCGAAUACCUUGUCACCUUCUCCCUGGCUUUGAUGAAUACAAUUCAGAAUCUGGUCUUCAUGCUCGGCUUGAUUGUAGCGAGCUUCAUUGCAGCCUACCAAGUGACGACCGGAGUGCUGAAAGUGGGAAGGUUCGUCACACUGUUGACGUACCUGACCCAACUCCAAGGCCCGCUCAAUUUCUUUGGCACGUUCUACCGCAUGAUCCAGAACAAUAUGAUCAACGCAGAGCGCAUGCUGGAGCUGUUCAAGGAAAAGCCAACUGUGGAGGACAAACCAGAUGCACAACCUCUGGAAAGGUGUGAGGGUGAAAUAAGCUAUACUGAUAUUCACUUCUCUUAUGACAAUCGCAAGCCUGCGCUGCAAGGCCUUAAGUUUGUCUGCAAGCCUGGUACGACGACGGCGCUGGUUGGCGAGUCUGGCGGCGGCAAGUCGACCAUCUUCCGUCUCCUUUUCAGGUUUUACAACACCCAGUCUGGCAGCAUCCGAAUCGAUGGACACGAUGUGGAGAGCGUCACAAUUGACAGCUUGCGAAAACACAUUGGCGUCGUACCUCAAGACACUGUUCUGUUCAACGAGUCGCUCAUGUACAAUUUGAAGUACGCCCGGCAAACCGCGACGGACGAGGAGGUUUACGAGGCAUGCAGAGCUGCUAGCAUACAUGACAAGAUCAUGGGCUUCCCGGACAAGUAUGAAACCAAAGUCGGUGAGCGAGGACUUCGAUUAUCGGGAGGCGAGAAGCAACGUGUCGCCAUCGCCCGAACGAUUAUCAAAAAUCCACGCAUCAUCUUGUUGGAUGAAGCAACGGCAGCACUUGACACUGAGACGGAGGAACACAUCCAAGAAGCCCUUCAGACUCUUGCAAGAGGCCGCACUAUGCUCGUCAUUGCCCAUCGUCUCAGCACCAUCACCAUGUGCGACCAGAUUCUAGUCCUGCACCAAGGUCAGGUGGUCGAAGAAGGUACACAUCUUGAGCUUUUGGCGAAAAGAGGUCGAUAUGCGGGGAUGUGGAAAAAGCAGGUCCGUGCACAGCGUGCGGCAGAAGAAGCAAAAGUGCUCAAAGACAAAGCUGAUCGACUUAGACGUGAAAGUAUGGACAGCAGCGCGACACGUGCUCGUAAUGGCAUGGAUGAGGAGACGCCGCCUAGUAGCGACGAGGACGAUCAGGCGCGUAACAAACAGCCUGUGGAUGGCAGUGACUUUCAGCGGGCACUCUCGUUAUCACCCAAGUCUGCGAUACCACAGGCGCAAAUAUCCUCGGUGCUUGGAGGAAAAGAUACCGGAACAGAUACGCGAGCGGUACAGGAAGCCUUACGGAGCGGUACAGUGCGAUCUCCUUCACCUGUUGUAGAGGAGGAGCAAUCAGCGAGGAAGCCGCCAGGUCACCCUUAGAUUGGAUGGGUAGCAGGCGCAAUGAGAGUGUUUGGAGCGGCAAAGUGGAUUACUGCACGCAAUGCUGCUGCAUAAUGUUAACCGAGAGUACAUUUAGAGGGCGUGAGCCAGUGAAGCAGCCUUGGCCACGAAAAAAGCAUCGUUCCGGGAAGGGCUGAUUGCAUAUAUACGGGUUGGCUGUAAAAUGGCGGUGAGCGCGGGGCGUUUGGGGGUUUUUUGACUACUUCUACUGAUACUACUGUGACGAGGCAAACGAUACGACAUUUUGGAGAAGCAAUGCGGCGGAAGGGUUCUGGCCACAUUGUCGAUCUUACUUGAGUGGUACAGGCGGCAUCUCGAGUUUGAAUUGCUUGGAGGAAGAAUUUUGGCUCCGUUCACUCGGAGCUAGGGAUGGAUUGAUGCACGCACAGUGAUAGCACUUACUCGUCUUUUCCCGAUAGCUCCAUCCUGAAGCAAGGAUUUCCUGC